GAAUUAAAUAGCGCCCACAAAUAGUGUCAUUACACUGUUCGACCAUUUCCGACACCACCAAAGCAGUCACCCUGUCCAUGUCGUGCGACGCCACACAUGAUCUGAUUUGAAUACGACCGGCAAGCGAAUUAAGAGAUCGACGAUACUACCGGAGAAAAUGUCGACUCAACAGGAUCCCAACCCUUCCAACGAAGGCAAGCACGAUGGCUUGUCCAAAUACGUUAAGCGCAUGAAGAUGGCUCUGAGGAGGAGCUCAACUGUCCGGACCACCACGCCAGUCAUGCAGAAAUCAAGAGAACCUGAGCCAAGCCAAGCUCCCGCUCCCAAACGUAUCCCGCAGGCUCCUACCGUCAAAGCUACACCCGACGCGACCGUUUUCACCAACUGGGGCGCCAUUCAAGAAGAGAAGGCGCGGGCUCUAUUUGCGAAAUACGGACUGACCCUUGAGCCUGGUGAAUGGAGGUCCCCUAGCGAUACGACCGUGCAGCGUGUUGUCAGACCUAUCCGUAUGCGAGUGCGCCGUACCUGCCAUCGCUGCCAGACCACCUUCGGCCCGAACAAAGUUUGUGUCAACUGCCAGCACGUCCGCUGCAAGAGCUGCCCUCACCACCCCUCCACCAAGACCAACGACCACCGCGACGACACCCAAGCUGCACUCCAGGCCAUUGUCGCGCAGAAAUUGCACAAACCUGUCCCUGGGCAGCACAAACCCAAGCAACCUCCUCUUACGCUGCCCUCACGCACCGGCGGCCAGGAUGUCAUCCACCACCCGACCCGACAACGAGUCCGCCGUACAUGUCAUCAGUGUAGUACUGUGUUCGCUCCGGAUGCUACGGAAUGCAGUACUUGCCAGCAUAUUCGGUGCACAAUGUGCCCUCGCGACCCACCUAAACUGGGCAAAUACCCGCAUGGCUAUCCUGGAGAUGUCGAUGAUCCCGCAGAACCUCCUGCACGGACGUGGAAGAAGCCGCGGCAGCGGGUACGCUAUACAUGCCACAAGUGUACAACGUUGUACCGAUCGGGAGAGAGAAAUUGCUCCAAUUGUGGCCAAGAGAAGGGGCCUGAAACAAUACGAGAUCCACCUCGCAGAGACAAGCCGAAACCAGACCCCGAAAUUGUUCGACGGGUUGAAGAGCGAUUGGCAAAAGUCAGGAUCAGUACUGGGUAGAUAGUUGGCUGGUAUACAAUCAAUCUACUUCGUUAUGCAGCGCAAAUGGCAAGUCAGGAUUUUCGAACCGGUUGCCAAAGCUGCGUCUGUUCACUUACGUGCUCGCACCUUCUUACGACAAGAAUAGCAGCUCAGCAAGCUUUACCCUUUGCAGCUCUCGAGUGCCACAAGGCACUGGGCAUGCAACGAUGGUUGGCGGACCUAGCAUUGUUUGAAUCUUGAUGUUACUUUGUGGCACCUGAUUGUUGACCGGUUUACUCUCUGUUGUGUAAUAUUC